CACUGCUUUCGUUGAUAUUAGUCAUUCAGGAAGAAUCUUUCCAGAAUUACAUGUUAUCAAAUGCGGGCAAGCCGCAACGCCAUUGUGCUCGAGCCAGCCCAUAAUUUUCUCGCCUCCAUCCUUCAUCACCAUGGCAACGGUCUCGCGCCGGUAACGGCGGCGGCGCGGCUCGUGGCGCCAGGUAUCGACGCCCAGACUGGGAAUGAGGCGCCGGGAUAGACUCGUCCGGCGCCGCCACUUCCCCAACUCCUCUAUCGAUCGAUUGGCGGGCGCCGGGCAACACAGCGAGGACGAGAGCCGCCGGCGCGCCAGCAGGGAUCUCCCGCGACCCAGCUUCCGCCGCCCCAGCCCGCGUCCACCGGGAAAGCUCGAAACAAAAGCUCACUCCGUGCUAAAAUCAAAUUCAUCACUGUCAACAUUUGAUACUGCUCCUGUGUCCAGAUUUAAAGAUUCAGUAUCAGACUCCAAAACCUUGAUUAAUGAAGGAGGCUUUUUUAAGCCAGUUCGUGUUGAGGGCUUGGCACUCUCUGAAGAUUUACUAAUACAAAGUAAGAUAGAUCUCAAUAUCAGUUUGUCAGUCAAGAUAGGGUCCUCAGUUUCAGUUUGUCCAUGGACCACAAUAGUCAGAGCUCCAGCUCUGAAUGAAGAUGGACAGAGAAGUUGUUUGCAAUAUUAUUGUAAAUAUAAUUUUGGCAACUUCAAGACACAAAUAAAUAAAAUAAGUUUUGAAGAAACUAUAGCAAGAACUACAAAUGAGACUGACUAUAAGCCACUUAAAAUUAAUCCAUGGGGCACGGACCAUCUCCGGGCUGUAUUGAAGAUUCAAAUAAUUCAUCCAAUGACUUUAGCUCUGUCAGAUGAAGAAAGGAAAGUUUGUGAAACACGAUCUUGUGAAACUGAAAAAAACAACAAUGACAGCCAUUGGAGCACAAGAUAUAAUUCCAUGAUGAACUCAGAAAAUUUUUACCAUCUGGGUAUGGCCAGAUGCAAACUUGAGUCUGUUCUACCAAGGUAUUUCAUCCAGAAAGAGGAGCAGAAACAAACACGCGGACAGGAGUUGGACGAGAGGUGGGGGCUGGCGGCACGCGAGCGAGCGGACGGGGGCUGGCACGGCCGCCCCGCGCAGCUUAGCGUCGGCUCGUGGCCCUCCCCGCCCGCCCCUUCACGAGAAUUUCUUAAGAAACGACUCAGAACCCCCAUACGCAAGACCGCUACUCGGUUACACUCAGCGCUAGAUAUAGGGAGAGUUAUUUACAGUAAUACAAUAGCAAUCCGAAUCAAAGAUAUGAGCUCGUUUACUCCAAAAAUCAAGAGCCCCGAUGGACAGUUUUAUAAGCGUUAUGCACCUUGGUUCGUGGGUAUAUUUCAGGCUGAAUACCAUUGCCCUAUUCGACACCCAGAAAACGAGUCCACGCCAAAGGCCUACAUUUUCUCAAGAAACGGCCCUGCGUGA